AUGGAAGUCGAGUUGGCCGAGGUCCGGAAGACCUUUGAGACCAACCUCUUCGCCGUCAUCGCCAUGUGCCAGGUAUUCCUGCCACUCCUGAUCAAGGCCAAGGGCACAAUUGUCCAGAUCGGAUCUUGUUUCAGUGUCAAUGUCACCACUAUAGUCACCGGCGGCGUCCAGUCUCGAAUCGCACGUACCGAACGGACUCUCUUGCCCAAUUCGAUGUACUCUCCCAUCGAGGCCGAGUAUAACCGCCGGGUGACGCACAGCCAGGAUGGUGCCAUGCCUCAUGAAGCCUAUGCUCGCAGUGUGGUCGCGCAGGUGCUGUAUGGGUCGGCGCCGUGGCGCUGGCUGUGGCCGUGGGCGCGUGGGCGCAAGAGUUGGGUCUGGGAAGGCAAUCGCAGCUGGGUGAUCUGGUUCCUUGCUGGAGGCUGGGCAUGGUCCGGGCUUUUUGGUCGGGUGAUGACCAGUAUGUUUAAGUUGUACAAGCUUAAGCGCGUAGGCAAAUGA